UUUCUUUUUUCUUUUAUAUAUAUAUAUAUAUACACACACAUGAAUUAUCUGACAUUUUUAAUUCUUGUGAUUGCAUCACAGCUCUCAAACGCAGCUCCUGCAGGAGAUCUACCUCGAUAUGAGCCUGGUGUUCUCUACCUGCCUGAUAAAGCCAUCGCGCUAGAUGACGGGUAUGAAUUGAGUAUUCAAGGAGUGCUGGGUGGAAUGGUCUUAAUAUGCUGUGGAUUGAUGUUGGGAGUGCACAGUGUCUGGGAUCGAACAGCGGCAGGACGAAACGUGCAAAGUUUGACUGGAUUUAUUACGUUUGGUUUGAUUACUUGGGUCAUGUUGGCGAAUUUUGAGCCAGAGUCAACCUAUGGUCAAAACCGCUUAACGAUAUACUUUAUUGUACCAUUUAUGGUUGGCUUAGUUUCGGUGUGUUUCAUGGCGGUCACGAUUCAGUUAUAUCUGAUGUUGAUUGGUGGACUAGGUGCAUUGGCCUUUGGCUUAUGGAUAUUGGCUUGGAAGGAUAACUUAUCCAUCACGUCUACCUAUGGUAGAACCAUUCUCUUGGUUGUGUUGGUGGUGGCAUUCAUGUUAUUCUCGCUGUAUUCGUGCUUCUGGGUCAAGUUGGGUGCUGCUUUGGCUGGUCCAUACAUGUUCUUUAUGGGUUUGGAUAUUUAUUUUCAUACUGGCUUUCUUUACUGCUUUACUACCGUUCUUGACCCGAAUCAUCCUCAUACAUAUGAAGUUCAUCGUGGAGUGUACAUUAUGCAGUCAUGCAUCAUCAUUGCUUAUAUCGUGGCCUAUGUCAUUCAGAACUUUGGCAGCCAUCAUAUCUAUAGACAGCAUAGCUUUGUCAUGACUACUUCUAAACUGCCUGAUUAUCAAUACAAGUCCAAUAUUCGACCAAGAUAUUUCACUAAUUUUGCCACGUUCAUGCCUCCUUUUUUCCAUCGAGGUACAGCGCCUAUUCCUCCCGCUCCUGUUACCACCGUCAUUUAAAAAAAAAAAAGAGAGAGAGAGUGAAAGAGAGAAAAAAAAAAUUUUUUUUUUUUCCAUUUUUUCCUUUUAUAUAUAUAAUCCAC